UGUCCCUCAGACACAGCGGAUCAAGGAAAGAGCUGAAGAUGUUGGCUCGGUCAUGUGAUCAGCUGUGUCCAAUCACAGCUGAUCACUGAUCAUCAGGGCACUGAUCAUCAGUGUGCCCUGAUGAUCAGUGUGGCCCCAGAAGUGCCACCUGUCAGUGCUCAUCAGUGCCAUGUGUCAGUGCCCAUCAGUGCCACAUAUCAGUGCAUACCAGUGCACAUCAAUGCCACAUAUCAGUGCCCAUCUGAGCUGCAUUUCAAUGUCACCCAUCAGUGCCAGUCAGUGCCAACUAUCAAUGCCAAUCAGUGCCACCUAUCAGUGCUGCCAAUCAGUGCCACCUAUCAGUGCCAGUCAGUGUUGCCUAUCAGUGUGCAUCAG